AUGGCAGAGGUAGACACUGCUUUCUUCCCAGAAUCAAAAGACAUGCCAAAGCUCUCCCCCAUCCAAGUCGAAGGAAUUCCCAUAAUUGACCUCUCUCCGAUGACCAGCCAAACAGUUUCAGAUUCAUCUUCCAUUGAAGGCUUAGUGAAGGAGAUAGGGAGUGCAUGCAAAGAGUGGGGUUUCUUCCAAGUAAUCAACCAUGGGGUGCCCCUCACUCUAAGGCAAAACAUAGAGAAAGCUUCAAAGAUGUUCUUUUCUCAGACUCUGGAGGAGAAGAGGAAGGUUAGCAGAGAUGAGAGAUGUCCCAUGGGUUAUUAUGACACAGAGCACACCAAGAAUGUUAGGGACUGGAAAGAAGUCUUUGAUUUUCUAGCCAAAGACCCCACUUUGGUUCCUCUCACUUCUGAUGAGCACGAUGAUCGACUCACUCAGUGGACUAAUCCAUCACCUCCGUACCCUCCACACUUCAAGGAUAUACUCGAAGAGUAUGUUGGAGAGAUGAAAAAACUGUCCUUUAAGUUGAUGGAGCUUAUAGCUUUGAGUUUAGGCCUCGAAGCAAAUAAGUUUGAAGAGUUUUUCAUGAAAGAUGAAACUAGCUCUAUUCGACUGAACCACUAUCCUCCAUGCCCUUAUCCUCACCUUGCUCUUGGCGUUGGUAGACACACGGACCCUGGUGCCUUGACCAUUCUUGCACAAGAUGAGGUGGAAGGACUUGAAGUCAAACGUAGAGCAGAUGAUGAGUGGAUAAGUGUUAAACCCAUCCCAGAUGCUUACAUCAUCAACCUUGGUGAUAUUGUUCAGGUUUGGAGCAAUGAUGCAUAUGAGAGUGUAGAACACAGAGUGGUGGUCAACUCUGAGAAAGAAAGAUUUUCCUUUCCAUUCUUCUUCUUCCCUGCGCACGAAACUGAAGUCAGGCCUUUGGAGGAGCUGAUAAAUGGCCAAAGCCCUUCCAAAUAUAGGCCAUACAAAUGGGGCAAGUAUAUUGUCCACAGACACAACACCAACUUCAAGAAACAAAAUGUGGAGAACAUUCAAAUUCAUCAUUACAAGAUAGCUUAA